AUGGAAAAAUCUGGCAUAUAUUUGUUAAUUCUAUUAUUUGAAGCUAUUCCAAUCCUAGAGGCGGCCAGUUGUAAAAAUUCCCAAUAUUGCCCCCAGCAUUGGCAAGUGUUGAGGAGGGAUGAUCAGUCGGCGUAUACCUGCGAUCCGAUGAGAGGGCAGACAAAGUGCCCAAAACCGUACCAGUGCAUUCACUCCAAGUGCGGAAUUGCAUUCUGCUGCUCUCAUCCAGGGAUGCUCGAGACGUGGCGGCGGGAGAAGGAGCUCGAGGAGGAGAUUCUGGAGAAUGAGGAGGACGCUGAAUUA